CAAGCCAGUGUCAUCACUUAGGGUUAAGUCAUAAAUAUUGAUUUAUCGGUAAAACAAAUUACGGUAGAAGCAUAUAGGACAACGCUAAAACGAUAAUGGUGGUGGUUUGUUUUGUUUUGUUUUCGAGUCAAACAAUUUGAGAACCUAUUUGAUGUAAAGCGUUAUUUAUCAAUUUUAAAGCACGAUAAAUAAUUAUAAAACUUCAAGUUGUAAAUAUAACAAAACUGUGUACAUUACUUCAUUUACGAUUUAGAUAAAAAAUAAAGAGAAAGUGGCUAUGUAUACGAAAAAGGUGUUACUUGAAUGAAAUGUAUUUUUUUUGUUAAGAUUUUUAAGUUAUUCGUAAUAUCAACGCGUUAGUGAGAAUAUACCUUAUAUCAAUGGAUCAUAAAAAUGAUAUUAAAAAAAAUUUGCUGUGUAUGGCAUGUCUGUGUGUUGGUAGAUCUAUACAUGAAAUUAAAGAUGAAAAAUUAAAAAAAUAUUACAUGGAUAUACUGAACGAGAUACCACUUAAUAACAUACAGAUGGUCGUUCCAAUCAUUUGCUGGGAGUGUGAUGCGGUUCUUAAAAAAGUGUUGUCAUUUAGAGAACAAGUUAAGGAUUCUUAUAGGAUAUUACAAACAUAUACUGAGAAUCUUAAUGAAUUUUUAUUGAGUGAUGUCUCACGAACUCCAAGAUUGAAAAUCCACAUCAACGAUCCAGUAACCAUAAAUCCACCUAAUAAUGAUCUCAAGGAAAUUAAAAUAGAAAUAAGUGAAGAUAUAAAUAAGCGUGAGAAACAAAACGGUAACGUUACAUCUGAUGUGUCGGAUACGGAACCGGAGAUUGCAAUACAGACGGUGCUCUGUGAUGUUAAGACGGAUAGAAAAAAAAGGAAGAACGUUUCAAGAUCGAAUAAGCCGCGUCAAAGGAACGUCGCUCGUUUCCAGAAGGAUCCAGUCGCCGUUGAACUGCGAACGGAUUUCAAAGAUGUUAAAAUCGAAUGGAGGAAUGAUUUGGAAAAAAAAUCAAACGGUGCCAAUGAAUAUUUGGAUUUAAGUUUGAACGAUAAAAAUGAGGACUUAAAUACGAGUAAUGAAGUGGAUCCGCAUCUUAAUGAGAAGAGGACAGCACAAAACAAAAGUCUAGCAAUGCAACCCAAAUUGAAAGUUGAAAAUGAAUUCUUGGAGAUGGAUGAUUUGAAAAUGGAAUCGGAUGCAGAAUAUUCGUUGGGUUCCCGCAAUUCAGAUAUAGAUGUUGACGAUUUGGACAAAGAAAUUCAAUCUUUGUUACGUGACGUCAACGAGAAAGACGAAGAAACUUCGAAGAAAACGAAUAAAAAGGUUAAGAAGGGAGUUUCACAGAAGAUUUUAACCGUCGACCUCACAUACGACGAAAUGCAAACGGAGAGAUCUCGUCUCGCGAACAGGGAGAGUUUCGUACGCGCUCAAUACAAGUGCGAGACGUGCCUGAUUCUUUUUAAUUGUGCUUCAUCACAAAAGGCUCACCAUUCGAAGAAACACGAGACUCCCGGCAAUUUCAUUUGCUCGAUUUGUAAAACUAUUAUAUCAACAGUGGAGGCGUUCACAGCUCACUACAGGAGACAUACGAAAAGGUACGAAUGUGCUGUCUGCAAAAAGCGUUCCUCGGACCUGAAGGCCAUGUAUCAGCACAUGUACAAGAGACACCAGAUAUCGCUCAAGAAGUACAAAUGCAACGUCUGCGGAAAGCUAUCCAAGUCAAUAGACAGUCACAGGAUCCACCGCGACUCGCACAAGGCGCGCGUCGCGUGCUCGCAGUGCGACAAGACCUUCAGCCACCGAGCUGGACUCAUGAACCACCGUCUCACGGUGCACGAAUCGCAGAACGAGUUCCCUUGCACGGUCUGCGACAAAGUGUUCAGGUGGAAGACGAGUCUGAAGCGCCACUUGGAGAAGCAUGACACGGAGAAUAAGGACAGCAGCCCAUCGAAGAGAGCGUACUGUGCGUCGUGUGAAAUAGCCUUUUCGUCUGUCUGUUCAUUACAGCGUCACCUCAGGAACAGUCUGAAGCACGUCACACACGAUCAGCUCAAAUUUAUCUGCGACCAUUGUAACCAGAGAUUCGCUGACAAGACCAAGUUGAGGGAUCACAUCGAGGAGAAACAUCUUCAUCGGACGUUCCAGUGCCCUAUAUGUUAUAAGCCGUCUAAGAAUCGCGUCGGUCUGGAGCAACACGUUCGCGCGGUCCACAAGGGGAGACCGAAUAAUCGGAUGUGUCACCACUGUGGCAAAGGGUUUCCGACAAAGGUCCAACUCGAGUCUCACAUCCGAACCCACACGGGCGAGCGACCCUUCAUGUGUGAGUUCUGUCCAACGACGUUCUCGCAACAGUCAAACUUGUACAAACAUCAUCGACAGGUACAUUUAAAUAUAAAAUCCAAGAGGUAUCUCUGCAAGAAAAUGAAGAUCGUCGGCAAUCAAGCUGGAGAUCCACAGCAGCCGUUCACAUUGCCGAUCAUGCAAUACAUGCCAGAGAAUGGCUUUAGUUUAUGAUUUGCUAUUAAUAAACAUUUAUGUAUAUAA